UUGAUUUUCAAAAUAAUCUGUCAUUCUUAUUCAACACUUUAGUAGACCCCACUCUCUCCUCAUUCCACCAUUUUCAUCUUCAAACUCGACAUUAAAACCUUCAAUAAUUUCACCGAUCGAUCCAAUUUCAUUCAAUCACAACUCCAUUCAGAAUCGCAGACAAUCCGAAAACAAGUGAUGCAGUGAAAAAUUAAAAGGGGAAGAUGACUUAUGAUACUUUGAUAUCUCCACCGGCAUCAGCAAUUAGUCCGGCUGUGUCUCUUGCUAAAUCCGAUAGUUCCGUUUCUUAUUACAAUGAUGAUUAUCUUGCGGAUGUUUCCUCAUAUGAAAGGUCCCUAAAAUACAGAUCAAACAGCGAAAAUUUUAGCUUACAUCAGCACCAGCCAUAUUUAGGGUACGGGGUGAUUGAUUCUCAUAUUUGGUUUCCUCCUGAACCGGAGGAUGAAGAGGAUGAUAUUGAAGGAAGUUUUGCUACCUAUGAAGAUGAUGAUGAUGAAGAGUAUGGUGAUGGAAUGAAAUGGGGAAAGCCGAGUAAUCUUAGCAGCUUUGGAAAAGAAGGAAGCACGAGUUUCAUGUUUAGAGAUGAAACAAGAAAAGCGAUGAAUGAGGUUAUGAACGGAAAGUUUAAGGCACUUGUGGAGAAUCUUCUUGAAUCUAUGGGACUUUCUAGUAAUGGAAAUGACAGUGAAUCGUGGGUUGAUAUAGUUACAGCUUUGUCGUGGGAUGCUGCCUCGUAUUUGAGGCCAGAUGCUUUUGAGGGAAAAGAAAUGGAUCCUGAUGGAUAUGUGAAAGUUAAAUGUAUUGCUACGGGUACUCGAACCCAAAGUGAAGUUUUCAAAGGAUUGGUCUUUAAAAAGCAUGCAGCUCACAAGCACAUGCCAACUGAGUAUAGAAAGCCCAAGUUGCUAUUGAUUAGGGGUGCACUUAGUGUUUCUUCUGAUGGAUUGUCCUCGUUUGAUACAAUGAAACAGGAGGCGGAUAGAGUAGAUUCUCUUAUCGGGAUUAUAGAGAAGAUGAAUCCAAAUGUGGUUCUAGUUGAGAAAACUGUUUCCCGUGAUAUUCAAGAGUCUAUCCUUGCAAAAGGCAUGACACUAGUUUUAGAAAUGAAGCAACAUCGCUUGGAGAGAGUUGCCCGCUGCACCGGCUCACCAAUCUUGUCCUCAGAUAAUUUGAUUGCCCAAAAUCUGUUACAGUGUGAAUCAUUUUAUUUUGAGAAGAUUGUCGAAGAACAUGCUGGUCUUUCUGAAAAUGGAAAAAAGUCAAAGAAGACCUUAAUGUUUCUCAAGGGAUGUCCCACACGAAUGGGAUUUACGAUUUUGCUAAAGGGAUCUCACAGUGAUGAACUCAAAAGAGUUAAAUGUGUUGUUCAGUUUGCUGUUAUAAUGGCAUAUCAUUUGAUCCUAGAGAAUUCAUUCAUUUUAAAUCAACGGGCAAUGUUCUCCACGACUGCGCCUAAUGGAAUGGCUAUCUUUUCAAACAAAGAUAAAGAGAUCACUCCAUCUGUUAUCAAUCAACCUCUGUAUGAUAAUCUCGAUGAUCCAAAUGUUCCAAUAACUAAUGAUUCCAGUUCUGAUACUGAUCUGAUAAGUACUGUUGAUAUUCCCAUCUCCAAUGGUUCAGAUGAAAAUGAAUCUGACAACUUAGGUCUAGAAGGGUCUACUUUAUCAUCAUAUGAGCCAUAUGACCCUAUUGUUCUAUCUGGUUUAUCUUCACUCUCAUCCUCGUGGCAGAAAGUUGUUGGGUUUCCACUUUUUGAUACGGCUCAUCAGAGUAUGUCUGCAUACCUUGGAUACAAUGGCGUGAACACAAAUAAGCAUACUCAGGCCUCUGUUAAUGAGUUGAGUUCUCCAGAGGCUGUUGAGACUGAUGGUAGCGAAGUUAAAGUUGAUCUUAGUCAAGCAGAUACACAUGAAAAUGGCCAUAUUUAUUCUUCGGCAACAUUAAGAAACUCCUCAUCUGAAGCACGAGAAACUGAAGAGCACUUGCAACGUAAAAAUGACAUCAGUGCCGUUUUCGAUUCAGAAAGUAUAUUGGUUUUGAUGUCUAGAAGGAAUGUGAUAAGAGGGACUACUUGUAAGCAAAGUUCUUUUUCAUGUAUCAAGUUCUACAGACAUUUUGAUGUUCCUCUUGGAAAGUUUUUGCGGGAUAACCUACUCAAUCAGAAACUCAAGUGUGGAACUUGUAAUGAACUGCCAGAAGCUCAUACUCACUACUAUGCACAUUACAAUAUGCAACUCACUAUUCAAGUCAAACGUCUUCCUUUAGAUAAGCACUUGACUGGUGAAACUGAAGGAAAGAUUUGGAUGUGGAGUUGUUGUGGUCAAUGUAAACCCUCGAAUGGAAGUUUAAAGUCUACCAAAAGAGUACUGCUUUCCAUUGUUGCUCGUGGUUUAUCCUUUGGGAAGUUCUUAGAACUCGGACUCUCAAACCAUACUUCAUGGAAAAUACCAUCUACCUGCGGACAUUCCUUUUAUAGAGACUACCUUCACUUCUUUGGGUUAGGUUCCAUGGUUGCAAUGUUUAGAUAUUCUACAGUAGAGACUUACUCUGUAUCUCUCCCUCCAUGGAGGGUUGAAUUUAGAAAUUCAAUCGAAGGAAAUUUUCUAAAAGAAGAAACUGAUGAGGUUCUCCGAGAAGUGCAUUCUGUAUUUUCUGAGGUUGAAAACUCGCUGAAGAAGAUGGAAAAUGAGUUUGUUGGAAUGAUGCUAAAUCUUCAAGGUUCAUCAAAAAGAUUCUGUGACAUCAAAGAGAUGUUAAAGCAAGAGCAAGAUCAAUUUCAGGUUGACAUGGAGAACCUCCUUACAAGCACUAACGAUGUGUCUGUGAACAGAUGGUUGCACAAGCCUCUCUACUUGAAUCUUAUACAGUGGGAGCUAUUUCUUCAUUCGUACAUCUGGGAUGAACGUCUUUAUUCGCUUCUUUCAUCUGAUCUUAGAGUAACCAACCCUCAAACUAGUCACCAUUCUCUGGAAACUGAAUCGAAUUUUGAAGAUAACGACACUACUGAACCUGUUCAAAGUGGUGAAUCAGUUUCUGAUAAUAUUGUUGAUGUGGAAACCAUGACAACAGAAGAAGGCAAUAGUGUUCCGAUUGAAGUAAUAUCAACUGAAGGUAAUGAUGGAAAUGUUGACCAAGAUGAUCCUAAUGUAUCUACUCAAACUUUAUCAACCUCAGCAGAUCCUAAUGGAUGGAUGUGGACUCCAAUCUCACAAAUUCAAAAUUUCCAUUUAAGUGAUCUCCGAAAAGGAUACUUGCCAAAACAUGAACCCACCCGUAACACACCAGGGUCUGCCGUAUGCAAAAUAUUUACAAAAGUGGUCUCGCAGCUUCAUUAUCCAUUAGCUACGAGCAAUCACUUAGUAUCGGUUUAUGAAGACGAAUUAUCUAGUAUGAUUGCAUGUGCCCUAGCUUUUAUACAAGACGGGAAUAUUUCAUCGGCAGAUAUGAAUGAUGAUCUUUCAUCUGAAAAUUUGCAAAAUAUUUCACCUUUAAGUUCCACGAAUUGGUCCUUUUUCACCUCCAUGGAUACUGAUAGUUCUUCACUUGGACGUUCAUCAGAUGAAUCACGGUUUUCUAGCUUUGAUGGGUUAGACUAUUCGGAUUCUGUUACUUCUUCGAGGCAUAUUCAUAAAGUGAUUUCUAUGGGAAGAUUAAAUAAAAAACCUGAAAAUUCAGUGGCUUGUGUAUGUGCUAGAGAGUUCGUAAAUCUUCGUGGUCAAUGUGGUUUAUCAGAAUUAGAUUAUAUUUCUUCAUUAAGCCAUUGUAAACACUGGGAUGCAAAAGGAGGAAAGAGUAAAUCUUUCUUCGCUAAAACUCUUGAUGACCGGUUCAUUAUAAAGGAAAUUAAAAAUCCAGAGUUUCUAUCUUUUCUUGGAUUUGCUUCACAGUAUUUUGCUUACAUGAACCAGUGCUUUAAUUCAGGAAAUCAGACAUGCCUUGCAAAAAUUUUUGGUGUUUAUCAGGUGAAGAACAUGAAAAGCGGGGUAAAACAUGAUCUAAUGGUGAUGGAGAAUAUUAGUUAUGGCAGAAAGUUUACCAAACAGUAUGAUCUGAAAGGAGCUCUGCAUGCUCGUUUCAUUGCUGCUGCUGUUGGUGGCGUAGGAGAUGUUCUUCUAGACCAAAACUUUGUAAAUGACAUGAACAAUUCUCCUUUGUAUGUUAAUAGAAGAGCAAAGCGGAACUUGCAACGUGCUGUAUGGAAUGAUACGGUUUUUCUCGAAUCAAUCAAAGUCAUGGAUUAUUCGUUGUUGGUUGGAGUGGAUGCAGAACAGAAGGAACUUGUAUGUGGGAUAAUCGAUUAUCUUAGACAAUAUACCUGGGACAAACAAUUAGAAAACAAGGUCAAAUCCUUCGUUGUUCCAAAGAACCAGAUGCCAACUAUAAUCUCUCCAAUAGAAUACAAAAAGAGAUUCAAGAAGUUCAUGGACACUCACUUUUUCAGUGUUCCGGAUGAUUGGUGCUCUCAAAGAUCGUCUAAUCGUUGCAGCCUCUGUCGUGUGGGUUCUCAUGAAAAUUCUCAAGAACUCGACCAUGAUGAUCACGAGGAGUAAAUCCUUUGAGGGCUAUUUUUUAAAAUUGAAUUUUGAAUACAUAAUAUGGUGUACAUAUAUGAUCAUUAAAUGCCAUCAAUGAUCUCACCAUACCCCCCAUGUACUUACGCACCUUUUUAGCAAUUUUCUGGGGAUAUAUAGUGCUCCAAAUUGAUAGGUAUACAGAUGCAUAUAUUAUCAUUAUAUUGUACAAAUGCUAUCUUUGAUGAGUUAUGUGUUUGUUUGCAAUGAAUGAUGGAAGGUUGUGGCAA